CUAUUUAAAAAUAUAAUCUGCGUCUGGCCGAAGCGAAGUUGAAGUUAACCUAAAAAUAUAUAAAAUAAUUUAAAAUUCAAAACUAACCAUCCAUUACGUAUAAAUUAUUUACAGUAAUAUACUUGAAUAGUCGAAUUCGAAUAAGGAAAUUUUGGGCACUUUUUAUUAGAUCGUUCUUUUCCAAGUUUUCAAAACCAUGACUGCAAAGAAGAAACAAUUUAAAAAUGGUCAACUGAAAGCAGAACUCACAAAGGAAUUGAAUUUUGUGAAAAAUUUGUUCACAAUGUUUACAUUGCCUAUACAGAAAAAAGGAGAGAAUGAUAAUAAUAUGGAUUUUGAAAUAACAAAUAAUAAAUCACAAGGUGAGGAAAAACAACUUCCACAAAGGGCACGAAGUAUUUUAGAACUUGAAGAAAAGUUGGAAAAGAUGAAGUCUCAGAAUAAUUUUAAUCUUAAAAGUAAGCUUGCCAAGAAAAGUUUAACAAGUAAACUAAACAAAAAAAUAAAAAAACGAGAAAGAGUAAAACUAAACAAACACAAAGUCAAAGCGGCUAUUGAAAAUUGUUCAGAAGUGAAGGAAACCAAGACGAAGCCAAAUGUAAACACAACAAAGCCUAUUUUCAAUAAUGAAGGAAAGCUAGUGUUCAGCAAGUUUGAUUUUGCUAAAUUAGGUGAAAAAGAUAGAGGAAACAAAUCACAAAAAGAUCCCAAAAAGAUUCUUGACAAUCUCAAACAGCAGGAAGAAAAAUUGCAGAAGCUGGCUGAAGUGGACAGUGAGAGAGCUAAUGAGUUAAAAGAAAAGGCUGCUUGGAAAAAUAUUCUUCAAAAAGCAGAAGGAGAAAAAGUUAAAGAUGAUCCAUCUUUAUUGAAGAAGUCUAUUAAGAAAAUGGAACAAAAGAAGAAGACAAGUCAGAAGAAAUGGGAGGGCAGAAUUCAGAAUGUGCAAAAGAAGAAGGAAGAACGGCAAAAUAAGCGAAGAGAGAAUAUUUCUAAAAAGAAGAAGGAGAAAAAAGCUAAAGUUGUAAAGGCGGCGGUGAAGAGAGGACGAGUUGUAAUUUAGUUUAUAAUUAAUCUAAUAAAUGGUUUAUAAAUUGAA